AUGGCGAAGGGGGCGGUCGUGGGGACGGCGGUGGUGGCGUGCGCGGCGGCCGCGGCAGCGGUCGGGGUGGCGGUGGUGGUGUCGCGGAGGAGGAAGAGGAGGCGGGACGCGGAGGCGGGGAGGCGGAAGCAGGCGUCCGACGUGAUCGAGGAGGUGGAGCAGGCCUUCGCGACGCCCACGCCGCUGCUGCGCGGCAUCGCCGACGCCAUGGUGGAGGAGAUGGAGCGGGGGCUGCGCGCCGACCCGCACGCCCCGCUCAAGAUGCUCAUCAGCUACGUCGACAACCUGCCCACCGGGGAUGAGGAUGGACUGUUUUAUGCGCUGGAUCUUGGUGGGACCAACUUCCGUGUUCUACGGGUUCAGCUUGGAGGAAAGGAAAAGCGUGUUGUCCAACAAUAUGAAGAGGUGGCAAUUCCACCUCAUCUGAUGGUUGGGACUUCCGCCGAACUAUUUGAUUUCAUUGCGGCUGAGCUGGAAAGAUUUGUUGGGACUGAAGGAGACGAUUUCCACUUGCCGGAGGGUAGGCACAGAGAACUUGGGUUCACCUUUUCUUUCCCAGUACACCAAACCUCGAUAUCGUCGGGCACUCUUAUUAAGUGGACAAAGGGAUUUUGCAUCAAUGGCACGGUUGGGGAAGAUGUGGUGGCUGAAUUGAGCAUGGCUAUGGAGAGGCAGGAGCUUGAUAUGAAAGUUACAGCUUUGGUCAAUGAUACUGUAGGAACAUUGGCUGGUGGAAUAUAUGCUGAUAAUGAUGUCGUUGUUGCUGUAAUAUUGGGCACUGGCACAAAUGCAGCGUACGUGGAGCAUGCAACUGCAAUUCCAAAAUGGAACGGACCACUACCUAAAUCAGGAAACAUGGUAAUCAACAUGGAAUGGGGAAACUUUAAAUCAGACAAGCUUCCUCGUUCUGACUACGAUAUUGCCUUGGAUUUUGAAAGUCUGAACCCCGGCGAGCAGAUAUAUGAGAAGAUGAUUUCUGGCAUGUAUCUUGGAGAGGUUGUUCGAAGAAUCUUGCUUAGGCUGGCUCAUGAUGCUUUGUUAUUUGGAGAUGUUGUUCCGCCAAAAUUGGAGCAACUAUUUGUGCUGAGGACUCCGGAUAUGUCAGCCAUGCAUCAGGACACCUCACAUGAUCUCAAACACCUGGGAGCUAAGCUGAAGGAUAUUCUGGGGGUUGCUGAUACUUCCCUUGAAGCAAGAUACAUUACUCUUCAUGUCUGCGACAAGGUCGCAGAGAGAGGUGCACGCUUGGCUGCUGCUGGUAUAUACGGUAUUCUAAAGAAGCUGGGCAGGGACCGAGUGCCAAGCGAUGGUAGUCCCAAGCAAAGGACUGUCGUCGCUAUAGACGGUGGUCUAUACGAGCACUACAAGAACUUCAGAGACUGCGUGGAAGCGACGCUGGCAGACCUGCUCGGGGAGGCUUCCUCGUCUGUUGUCGUCAAGAUGGCAAACGAUGGCUCUGGCAUUGGUGCUGCACUUCUUGCAGCUUCACACUCUCAGUAUACUGUCGAGGAAUAAUCCUAAGGGAGGGAGGUAGCUCCUACGGCAGCCUGUGUGAUUUUUCCACACUUAUUCUGUCAUUUCUCUAUAUGACAGUUCCCCUCGCGCGAUUCGCGUCUCCUUUUGCUAUUCUGCAAACACCUGAUGAGUGCCUGUGCAGUGGUAUAUAGCUAGUAUUGCGCCAAUGAGUUUCAGAGUUCGGAUUUCGCCAUAUGGGACAAGCGUUGGCAGCUGCAGGAAAGAGGAAACGGAGGUUGGAAUGGUGCCGUUCCUUUCCUGCCGUUUCUUUUCCCCAAACCUGUAAGUUUCUAUUGCGAUGCAAUGUUGCAAACCAAAUGGAGCAUGCUUCAAUUCAGAAUAAAGAGGGUGGUAUAAUCAUAUAACCGAAACAUUUACGACUUCUUAUGAUUAAUAUUUCCCAUAUGUAUGUAAUGUACAAUGCAUUUUUAAGCUUUCUAAACUCAAAAUGGUUUGGUCA